CGCAUUUUCCUUCCUUCCCGUCACCGUCAUAGUGUCUAAGUGGCAUUCCAGCUAACAUCAUGAGGAUACAGGUUUGGUUGUUGGUUGUUGGCUUUAUUGGUGUAAACUGUCGACAACCUGGAUCGACCCCUUCAGAGGUUUCUUCGAUCAACAGUCUAAAAGAAAAACCGGGGAUAUCCCUCGAUCCUAAACUGCGGCGGGCUCUGCUAAGAGUAUUGAACAGGCUUGAAAUGGAGGAUAAGGCGACCAUUCCUCUGACAACCGACACGGAACUGACUGACGAAGAAUUUUUAAAAAUAUUCGGACAGCCGGCAAACUCCGAGGACUUGGGAAGUUUGGAGAGCAAGGAAUCGAACGAAGACCGAGAAGAGGUCGAAGAAGAACAAGACAAAGUCCCAGAUAGGCCUUUUUCGAACCAAGAUUUCAACUACAUUCCCACCGAUCCUGAAGAAAAGCCUACAGAUUCUUUUGAGCCGUUUACAACCCCGGCCAAUAAUGAAGAGAACGAAGAACCGUCGAGUUCGGCAUUUGCGUACCUACCGACGCAAGUAGUCGAACAACCGGAACAAUCGUUGACUGAUAAUCAACCUACAAAGCCCACACCGGAGACUGACGCUAUAUUUUUUCAGCUUCCCACUCCCAUCGAUAUUCCUGACCAAGUCGAAGAACAAAAGCCAGAAGAUCAAACUGAAAAAGAGAAAACUGAAGAGGCUUCAACUAUUACUAUUCCUUUAUCGCCAGAAUUCAACAUAAACGAAGAACGGACAAAAAAAGACACAAAUGAUACAGAUGUUGAAAUUAAAUCAAGCAUCCUACAAGAUAUCAAAGAGGGCAAUGAAACAAAACCCGAGAAACCUUUAAAACACGAAGUUGAAUUUCUUCCUUCUUCACUAAUUGCAGCGUUUACACUGCAACAAGACGAUAAAGGAAAUCCAAAGAAAGUAAUUCCACAUAAUUUCGAUCGCGAUCAUCCAGCUCUUGUUGAAAAAAGACAGAGAGAGCUAGAAGAAAAGGAAUAUCUUCUUCAACAGCAGCUGCGCAUACUACAAGAAGAAAAGUUUAGAGUUCAAGGAGCUUUGCAGUCAAAGACGAUUUCCCCGUCUAUUUCUCCUCUUUCACCAUCAUCAACUGCUGCACCACUCGUUAAUCAAGUACAAACUGACAGUCCGUUUCAAGACGUCCAAAGACAGGAAGAACUAGCUAGGCAGCAAGAAUUGCUAAGACAACAAGAACUACAAAGACAACAAGAUAUCCAAAGGCACCAAGAAUUCCUAAGUCAACAAGAGCUCCAAAGGCAGCAAGACGCUCAAAGAUUCAACGUGCACAAUUCUCAACGAGGUUUUGGAUCCGUUGUGAAUAACUUUGAAUAUAACAGACAGCAAGAAAUCCAACAACAGGAGAUUCAAAGACAGAGACAGCAGGAUUUUCAACGCCAAGAAGCCCUCAGGUUUCAAAGCAUACACCAGCAAAAUCAAAGGCAGCAAUUUUCCCCAGUACCUUCAGUCGCACCAGGAAACCAAGGAUUUUCACAAUUUCCCGGUCCUAUUAGUCCUGCCCUUCUAAAUAUAAACGAACAGAGAAAUUUUGUACCGAAUCACAGAUUCCAAUUCAGCCAUCAGAGAAAACCGUUUCAAGAGAUUGAAUUUCAAAAGAGUAUUGACUUUAGACUGCCCAAUGUCGGAGUGACUAACCACCAGUCUUUCGUCGGUGGGAACAGGCUUUCACCUGCGUUGUCAGCACCUGCGCCGCAUUUCCAUUCCGGCAUCGAACAUAACCGAGUGAACAGGCAUGAGCCUGCACAUUUUGUCGGCAACUUUGGACUCUUUCCUCAGCCUACAAGACAACCCAUUAACAGCAUUUUAGCCCAGUCGGGCGUUUCUCAAUUUCUUCCCUCUGAUGCAAAAGAUGAUUUGAAUAUAGUUUCGAAACUUCUAUCUUUCAACCGCCUGCCGGGGGAAAGAAUUUCAGAACCAUCUAGGAUAGUCGAACCUCCUAAAUUUUAAGUCUUACAGUUUUCGAUGAUUAAAGACUCCCAUUAAUGAAGCAGUCACAUUAACAAUUCAUUAAUCUGUUAAAUAAUGACACUGCGCAAAUUCCACCCAUUCAACAUUAGCGUACCUUAAUCAAUUAACCAAAGAUGAAAGCAAACUUAAUCCUCCUUUCAGAAAAUUAGUUAGAAUCAAAGAAUCUGCAAAACUCAAGCUCAAUUGAUGUGCCUUAUUAUCAAAUUGAAUGAAUAAUGUAUAUACUUAUUAGGAGUAAUUUAAUCAUACCAAGUUGUAACUUCUGUUAAGUGUCAUGGAGUACAAAAAAUGUAUUUAUUAUAUUGUUACAGUAAAGAUUUUUUAUUCACAAUGCUGCUUACAUAAUUUGAAAGACUUAAUAGAUGUAAGGUAGAUCUAGUAAACUGUGUAUAAAUAUCAAAUUUUAUCUGAAUUUUUAUUUUUAAGUCAGGGAUAUCAUGACAAUUGUGCUAGAAACUACAUGUUUUUACAUUUAUUUAUGAUCGAAGGCACUGAAUGUCUUUUUAUCCUUUUCUAUCGCAAAUUGUAACUGUUCAUUCUUUCCAUAAAUUAUUCUUAAAUAAACAAACAAGUGUAGAGAAAAUUAUUUUA